AUGGCAGACUUGUCAUUUUAUAGAAUCAUCUUAGACUUUUAAUUCAGAAUUAAACUAAACAUUGCCUUUUUUGUUAAAUUUUAUCGGGCUUGUGUGAUCUUUAAGUAGACUGUUUAUUGUAUAUAGCUUUACUCUAUUGAAAAAUUAAAAUACGCCUCACAAAACUACAAUUCUUACUCAUUUCUACAUAAUCGAUAUAAGUAAAUAACUUCUGUAUUUUCCUUCGAUUUGCGAUUAUUUUGGUGACAUAGUGAUGAGAUAGUAAGAAGUAACAAUGUCGCUAGAACGUGAGAGCAUGGGCGUGAUGCCCCCUAUUCCGGUUGGCAGUGGACCUCUGGAUCCUCGGUCACAGCUACUCCAAGAGAUGAGGGAUCAAAACUUUGAUCUUAUAAGAUUCGCAUCAUACAGAACAGCGUGCAAACUUCGCUUUGUACAAAAGAAGUGCAACUUACAUGCGAUAGAUAUAUGGAAUGUAAUUGAAGCAUUUCGAGAGAAUGCACUCAACACUCUAGAACCGACUGCCUGUGUUAAUGUCACUAGGCUCGAGACACUUGUGUCGUCUCUCUAUCAUAACUUGAAUAAGAGAUUGCCGCCAGCUAAUCAAGUGUCUGUCGAGGCAUGUUCGGCUUUGUUGUUAAAUUGGCUGUUAUCAGCUUACAGUACGGGGGAAAAUGUGGGGAAAAUCAGAGUAUUUUCAAUUAAAGUUGCAUUGGCCACUAUGUGUGCCGGUAAACUUAUGGAUAAACUAAGAUAUAUAUUUUCUCAACUGUCCGACGGUAAUGGGCACCUGUUGAUGAAAAGACUUUCGGAUUAUUUACGUGAAGUUUUAGCAUUGCCAGCUGCAGUGUAUGAAUCUCCAUCGUUUAGUUAUAAUGAUAACUUGGCUAUAUCUAUUUUUAACCAGAAUGUUAAGAUAACAGUUAAUGAUUUCUUAGAUACACUGAUGUCAGACCCUGGACCUCCAUGCCUUGUGUGGCUACCUUUAUUGCACCGUCUUGCUAGCGUUGAAAAUGUGGUUCAUCCCCUAGCGUGUAGCGUGUGUCGUCGAGGCUCACUGACUGGUUUCCGCUAUCGGUGUACGAGAUGUGCGGGCUAUACACUGUGUCAAGACUGCUUCUGGCGCGGACAUGUCACCCCGCCCCAUACCAACGACCACGAGGUCAAGGAGUACGCGACUUAUAAAUCGCCGUCAAAGCAGAUCGGCGCAACGCUCCGCAAAUCAUUCCGCUGCGUGCCGGAGCGAGCGCGUCCGCAACUACCGCGCUACCCCGACCAGCCCGAGCGGACCCUCAACCUCUCGCACAUCGUGCCUCCAUCACCGGUUCCGGUACACAACGGGUUCCCGGAGUACGGCGGCUACGUGAACACGGGCUCGCUAGAUAGCCGCUCUUCGCGCUCCACACACCGCAGUAUAGCGGAGCACCUCACCCGUGGAGUAGAUGACGAGCACCGCCUCAUAGCGCGGUACGCGGCUCGCCUGGCGCACGAGAACCGGACCAUGCCAAGAGCCGGUAGGUCGGCCUCUCUUACACCGGAGUUGGGUCGAUCAUCAUCAGAAGGUUCAGAAGUGGAUGCAGCCAGGCAGCAACGCGAGCUGAUAUCACAACUCGAGGCUAAGAACAGAGAGAUUAUGAGGGAGAUCGCUCGCUUAAGGCGGCAGCAGGAGGCCGAGGCGGCGGGCGGCGCGCCGGGCUCCGCGCCGCCGCUGGUGUCGGAGCUGCGCGCGCUGCGCCAGCGCAAGGACGAGCUGGAGGGCCACCUGUGCGCGCUGCAGGACUCGCGCCGCCACCUCAUGCUCCAGCUCGAGGGGCUCAUGAGGAUGCUCAAGACACAACAAUCUAGUCCCAGAUCAACACCUAAUUCAUCUCCGCGGUCAACAAAGAGCCCUCCGCUGCCCGGUUCCCAGCCUCAACCUACUGCUCCGGAAAGGGAGGCAAUGCCACGGGGGACGGUCCGCAGCGCUCCGCAAACGCCUUCACUUGGAGAACGGGAACGCAUUGACAUGACCCACAGUCUCGGUGCGAUGGAAUCAAUGGGAGGCGAUGCUCGAGGCUUUCACCAGAAUCAACGACCUACUACCAUGGGCAUAGACAACAGAAGUCUACGAAGCGACUUACUCUAUGCCGCGGAUUCAGUAACAAACGCGAUGUCGACACUAGUACGAGAGCUUAAUUCUGAGGGUUCCGAUACUGAGGAUACGGUGAAAGGAGGGAUGGAGGCGAGAAAAAGACGCGAUUUCGAAGAGGACGAUGACAGCGACGAGCCCAUGCCUCGACCGCAGCUGCCUCGUCACUACAUACACGAUAACAAUGUACAGGACAUACCGCCUCCACUUCCUGCCCGCACGGGACACUACUACCCACGCACAUAGCUCUAAUAUAUACAAUUUUACAUAAAAACAUUUACGUCUUACCAUACUUUAUAUUGUCAAAUUUGACAACUGAAAAUUAUGAAAAAUCUCCAAGUUGUCAGUUUUUUUUUUUGUUCUUUAUUAAUAAUCAAGGGUGAUAAUUUUGUCAAAGUUGAUAAUAUCUGGUAUAACCUACGCAUAUGCUGUAUCCUUAUCAAUCAAAAAUGAAUCUUCAAACAAAAUGGCCACUUUUAUACCAAUCCAUAUGUUAACUGUCAGGCUGUAAUAAAACUAUGUCGCAUUAUUUCCGAUUUCUACAAAAAAAAAAAAAAUGUUAAAUUAUUUUUAAAAUAACUAAUAUUUCAAGUACUUAUAUAACUUAGUAACCUGGUAACAUUAAGUGUAAGAAAAAUAAUUAUAUCGAUUUUCAAACAA